AGCGCCGCCGUCUCUCCGCCCGCUGUCCCGGACUCCAGCCGCCCCUUCUCGCCAUGGAUCCCAACUGCUCCUGCGCCGCGGGGGGCUCCUGCACGUGCGCCGGCUCCUGCAAAUGCAAAGAGUGCAGAUGCACCUCCUGCAAGAAGAGCUGCUGCUCCUGCUGCCCCGUGGGCUGUGCCAAGUGUGCCCAGGGCUGCAUCUGCAAGGGCGCAUCGGACAAGUGCAGCUGCUGUGCCUGAUGUGGGGGAGAGCCUAUUCCUGAUGUAAAUAGAGCGACGUGUACAAACCUACAGUUUGUGGGGGGUUUUUUGGUGCUUUUUGUUUUGGGUCCAACUCUGACCCGUUUGCUACUACAUUCCUAGUUAUUUUCCCUAUGAAAUAAUACGUGAAUUAUAAUAAAAGCUGUCGACUUUA